GUCAGUGUUAGUGAGCGAGGGGGAUACCGCUGCGGUCCUCCAGUGUUGUGUGGUGAAAGGUUCAAGAAAAUUGUGUAUUAUUUCACUUUAGUUCUAUUUUGUGUUGCACUCACUGUCACAGAUCAAGAUACGAUUCAACGCCAUGCCAUCUCAAAAAGUCAUUCGCAAUUCAGUUUGUCAUCUUAAUUAAUGGAUGACUAUAAUCUCGUGACAGUUCAGCACGUCAUAAGUAGAGCUUUUGAGAAAGACACAGGGUGUGGCAGUUAUUUUGUGUGCCUUGGCUGGUAAAGUGGUACUUCAGUGGUACUAAAGACAGUGAAAUACUAAUACCUGGAAAAGUUGUUCUGUUGUCUUAUGAAAUCCACUGAGUGUUGGCAAGGAACACUUAGAAGGUCUGUCUUCACUCAAUGGAGUUUGAAAGUGAUUUGUCAUGUACGCUGGAAUACAAAAGUUUUCGAAGCACUGUGCCUCUGAAGCAGAUUGUGGUUGACAGUGAUGGGUUGAAGGUGUGGAAGGUUUAUGAGGCGGGGCCCAAGGGGGUGCGAUGCCCCUUGGUGUGCCUGCCCCCUGUCAUUGGAACAGCUGACUGCUUCUAUAGACAGGUGCUUUCCCUGACAGCACGAGGAUACAGAGUUAUAUCGGUGGAAUAUCCGGUAUAUUGGAGUGUUAUGGAGUGGUGUGAGGGAUUCAAGCACCUGCUGGACCGUCUGGAUGUGGACCGGGCUCACAUCCUCGGGGCUUCACUUGGAGGGUUUUUGGCCCAGAAGUUUGCUGAGCUGACCUCAAAUUCUUCCCGGGUUGCCUCACUCAUUCUGUGUAAUUCCUUCAUUGAUACAAAGAUCUUCAACUAUACAGACUCAUCUUCAGUAUUUUGGAUGUUGCCUUCAACUCUGCUCAAGAAAAUGAUUAUUGGACGGUUUCCCAGAAAAUUGAUGGACCCCCAUAUUGCUGACUCCAUAGACUUCAUGGUGGAAAGAUUGGAAUGUUUAACUCAGAGUGAGUUAGCUUCAAGACUCACCCUCAACUGUUCUCCAGACUAUGUUCAGCCCCAGAAAGUAGAGAUGGAGGUGACACUUGUUGAUGUUUUUGAUGAGUCUGCCUUGUCCCAGUCUGUAAAGGAGGAAAUGUACAAGUGUUAUCCAAAUGCCCGUCUGGCUCACCUCAAGACAGGAGGCAACUUUCCUUUCCUUUCAAGAGCAGAUGAGGUUAAUAUGUACAUACAGGUUCACCUGCGAGGCUACGAGGGCACCCAUCUGAGUGCCACGGACUCAGGCACACCAGUAGAGCGAUAGCAGGUGGUGGGCAGGACAAUGGUGCAGAUGCUAUGCUGGUGUGAACAGUAUUUGGCACAUACCCAUGCUUUGUGAGGGAGAUCAGUGCCAUGUGUUCAUUGUUUAUAUUUCAUCUCUAUAAAUGUAUAGUGUUUAUAUUUAGGUAUACUAUUGUACUUAAAUUCCUGUGUAAAGCAGCAAUAUGAAGCCUAAAGCAUAGUCAUAAUUAUGCUACUGUUGUAUUUUAAGACAUUAAGGCAUUUGUGGCUACUUGGAAAGCUUGGACAGGAGUACAGGCCUAAUAUUGUUAUAUUAGUUGUUACAGUAUUCUGUUAUGAAAUAUAAACUUAAUGUAUGCAUCACCAAUAGACAAGGAUUGUAAAAUCAUUAUGCUAGUGUCAUCAUCUUUAAUAGUGCAUAUGUGUUUUCCAAGCAGUCAGAGCCAAAUUCCAUUAUAAUUCACCGUAGAAGUUCAUGAGUGCCAUUUCAAACUGUGUUGUGAAGGUAUCUCAGUAAUGUAAUGCAUCACCCUCCUAGUUGUUAUAGUGUUUUCUCUACACUGGUGCAGUUUUGGUAAUGUGUGGCCACUUAGAUGCUCUUUGUUUCAUCAGCUUCAUUGUGCUGGUCACUUUUGUCAUGCACAAAUAUUGAGUUAUAUUUUAGGGUAAUGUCAAACAUCUGCCAUCUGGCCCUUCCAUAUACAAUUGGUUGUAAAACCUUUGAAGGAUUCACAAUUGUGGGUGAACUUAAAUCAGUAAAGUUUAUAAGAAAUUUGUUAAAAGAUACUGCUGUAUAUCCUUUUUAUUAUUAUAGCCUUUCUUUUGAUAGCACAUGAAACUGGAGAUGCUUCUGCUAAGAUCUGGGUAUUCAUUUUGUGCCCAUGUGUAGGGAGACUGAAGAGUAUUUUUGUACAAGAGGUAAUGUGAUAGUAUAAGAAAAGAGUAUAUGCUUCAUGUACCUUACAGUCAAUGGAUGAGGACGGGAAAUAUGGUUCUAUUAAAGUCUUGUAACAUUUUUCAAUAAAAUGUUAUUUACA